GGCACUGUAUCAGGAUGUGAAGACGACUAUCUACAGUUUGGACGAGAUAUACUAUUCGUCACUUCUCACAGAAGUAUAAAAUAUUGCGGUGAUAUUGAGCCCCCAGUGCCAACCAGUUCCCAAGGGUUGACUGGAUUCGAUUUUCCAUAUACACCUUUAGUUCGACGAAUCUAUACCGAGGAGCUGGACAAGGAUAUGGAUGUAUGGUUGAGGAUUUCUACGGCAGAAUCCUGGUCGAAAUCUUUAACUCUAGUGGUGACCCCGUUUAAGAAGUUCUGUGGUUCCCAGGAUCUACAGUAUAGACAGUGUAGAUAUUCAACUAAAUGCGUUCGACGAGAACUUUUCUGCGACGGACGGGUCAACUGCGCCUGGCCAUACGCUGAACCUGCAGAUGAGGUUUACUGUAAGGAUAUCUCUUCCAGAAACAAUUCUGUUUGGAGAAGUUCCAAUAUUCCUGUAAUAAUUAUCGUUAGUAUUGUGAUACUAGGUGCUAUAUCUCUCCUCUGCCUUGGUCUCGCCAAGCUUACCUCCAAAGUGAAAAAAUUUAAUGAUUAUUACUCUUCCGAGCAGCAGGGCUGUCUAUCAGAACCAGAUACAAACAUUAGAAGAGUUUCUCAGGAGUUUAAUCCAUCCUGUCCUCCUCCUCCUCCACUUCCUCUUCCUGCUCAUCCUAUUCUUAGACCAGAACAUCGUCUUCCUUCACCUUCAGCUCCCUGUCUUCCCUCCCUCCAUCCUCUCUAUCCUCCUCCUCCUCUUCAUCCUGGUGGAUCUCUACAUCCUGUAUACCAGCAUCCUCCUCCUCCCUAUAGUCCCCCCAGGGGUACGGAGGAACCUCCCAGUUACUCCGCUAUAGCAUAUCAGCACCAGUGAACUAAACCCAUUAUCUGGGUUCUUUAUUAUGCUUUUAAAUUGCUUUUGCCUUCCUGGUAGAAGUUUAACCAAAGACAAUAAAUUCCGAAAUCUAGAAA